CGUCGACAUUUUUUCCCCUUCGAUCUCCAGUAUUUCCAAUUCCACUUCUUCUUCCUUGUUGUGUCUCUGAAUCCUCUUGUGGUCGCGGCAAAUUAUCUCCGACAUGGUUUGCGACUUUGCCCUGCGACCAAAACAGAAUCGACCUUUGCCUUGACUAUCAUCUCGGAAACUAAGAAAGCCCGCGGAUCGGGAUACAACUGAGGAGUAACUUUCCCGUGCGACGCGAUUUCAAUUAUCGAAGCGAAAUACUCACCUGCAAAACGGCCAAAAGCAUCAAGCCGUAUGACUUAACAUGAAUGCUGAUUCGUCUCGGAGUCUUCGGCAAACUAUCCCCUCGUUCCACUUGACCUGCGACAGACUUCCAUUCUCGAGACAUGGUUGUCGCACCUCGGCGCCCUUCUCCCCGUCUCGCCUUUCCCGUCAUGUUGAACACUUCCCCGGCCUCGCCUACCUCCCUUGGGAGGAAACGACCGCACCCUCCGGCUGAGCCUUCCUCAACCCAAGCGCAGUCUGCGGCGCAAGCACAGCAGCAGGCCUCUCACGACGGCGCUGCGAAAGCACCACCGGCUACCGUGACGGCUUCCUCGACCUCGUCCUCCUUCCGCAAUGUCUCCGCCUGCAACCGAUGCCGGUUGCGCAAGAACCGCUGCGACCAGCGACUCCCCCGGUGUCAGUCCUGUGAGAAAGCCGGCGUCCGCUGCGUCGGGUAUGAUCCUAUCACUAAACGCGAGAUUCCGCGCAGCUAUGUCUAUUUCCUUGAGGCCCGCGUGGCUUACCUGGAGAAAACGUUGACGGACCACCAGAUUGAGUUCAAAGAGGCGGUGGCCUUUGAUGAAGAGGAGGCCAUCAAGGUAGAGGCGGGAUACGACCAGGGUCGGCCGCAGAUGGCUGGUUCAGAAGGGCCGGCGGGUGCCGAGACCUUGUCCACUAGUGUUGGCGAAAGUGACAAAAUGACUCGGCAAAAGGCAGAUAAGGCUGCGCUGGUUCCACGAUCGGGCAGGAACCCGGAGAGUGAACAGGAUGCGGAGAACAGCCGGGAUUAUGAGAAGGAGGACAAUUGGCGCAUACACAAUCUCGUGUCGAAUAUUGGCAUGGUAUCGGUGCAAGGGACUUCCGAUCCGCGGUAUCUGGGGUCGACUUCUGGAAUUUCCUUUGCGCGUGUCGUCUUCGCUGCGGUGAAGAGCUCCGUUGCCGGCAACGUCGCAGAGCGCGGACCUAUGCGGCCCAGUGAACGCUUACCGCAUAGUGCUACAGGUACCGCAGGGAGUACCAUGAGGGAUUCGUUCUUCGGUCUCCAGACAAGGCCAAUGAUGAAGUGCGCGGCAUUCCCCGAUCGAGAAUUGGCGGAGAAGCUUGUCAGCCUUUAUUUCGAGCAUGCAAACCCGCAGAUGCCUAUACUCCACCGGGAGGAUUUCAUGGAACUCCUCGAUCGGACAUACUCAGUUCAGGAGAAGGACCGCUCUCCUCGCAGUCUUUAUACCCUAAAUAUCAUCUUUGCCAUUGGCGCAGGUAUCAUAUUCGAAGAUAAGACCAGCUCAGAUGAUGAGGACAACAAGCAGGGAAACUGCAGCCGCUCACCCUCCUCGUCCACAGCAAAAAGGCCACGGCUUUCCAGCCAUCAGUAUCAACCCGAAGAGUACCAUGCCUCUGCCAUUAUCCAUCUGGAAUCUUUCCUCGGCGCUUCGUCGUUGAACGACGGGUUCGGUGCGCUGGAGGAGCUGCAAGCCGUCCUCCUGUUGGCCAGCUUUGCCCUUCUUCGGCCCGUCGCGCCAGGCCUCUGGUAUAUUGUUGGAGUCGCUAUGCGGCUAGCGGUUGAUCUUGGUCUUCAUUACGAGGACGGAACCGGUAUUGACUCGGUUGGCGAAGAGAGCCUCGAUCGCUCGUCUUCCAAGGGUGAGAACAAAGCCAAGCCGCGGAUACAUACUAGCGAGCGUGGCCGUCGCGAAUGGGUUCGCGAUCUUCGCCGGCGAUUGUGGUGGUGUGUUUACAGCUUUGAUCGUCUCGUCAGUUGCUGUGUUGGUCGCCCUUUUGGAAUUAGCGAUCAAGCUAUUAGCACCGAAUUCCCAUCCCUAUUAGAGGACAAGUACAUCACCAAGUCUGGUAUUGUCACGCCACCCGAAGGCGCUCCCAGUUACAAAUAUGCGGCACACCAUUACUUCAAGCUACGGGUGCUGCAAUCUGAGAUCCAAGAUGUCCUUCAACAUCAACAAGCACGAUUCGUGCGGCAAAAGGUUCCUUAUUCGGCCAAUACAGUUAUACGCUCUGACCUUGCAUCUCCCUUCCUUCAAGGGUUCGACUCAUUCCGCUCAUGGCGCAAAGAUGUUCACCGGCGAUUGAUGGAGUGGCAGGAAAGCGCGCCCACCCGUAGAGAAACAGGCGUGCAGUUUUCGGUGGAAUUUCUUGAACUCAAUUACUGGCAGGCCGUCAUCAUGCUCUACCAGCAGAGCUUGACAGUUCCUGCGGAAUUAGCCUCAGAGCUGACACCGGCGGAGGAUGUAUCCAGCCCGUCAUUCUCGAAUGUGGACGAUGCCGAAGAUGAAGAUGACAUAUACUACAAGGUUGCAGAGGCAGGGCAGAAAGUUAUCCGUAUAUAUCGCCAGAUGCACCGUGUCCGACUAGUGAACUAUACAUAUCUUGCAACACAUCAUAUAUUUAUGGCGGGCAUUUCAUUUUUGUAUGCGAUAUGGCACUCACCUUUCGUGCGAAGCCGCUUGACAUUAGACGAAGUCGACUUCACUGUGCUCGCCGCCACAUCUGUGCUUGGGGACUUGAUGCACAAGUGCCCCCCAGCAGAAGCUUGUCGGGAUGCCUUUGAACGAAUGAGCAAAGCCACCGUUCAGAUGAGCUUAUCAACUACCGGAUUUGGAUCUCAGGUAGAUUUAUCGCGGAUUAGAACUGCAUCUCAGCAGCAUCAUACUGGUUAUACGGGCCCGACGAGGAGUUCUGGAAGAUCCGGUUUUGACCAACGACAGCGCUUUUCCCAUGGCCCUAGGCGGCAGACGCAGGUACGCCAGUCUCGACCAUUGCCAAAGUUCGACAUGAACCUUGGCGAUCUCUUCAAUGACCCUGGGCCCGCUCCGGAUCGCGCCAGCAGCGGUACGAGGAAACCGGUACAGACGUAUCCAAUGCGCGCCGAAUACCCUGAGUCAUCGACACCGAACUUUGGCUCCGACCUCCCACCCCGGCCUCAGCCUCAACGAACACCAUCUAUGGAGUAUUAUGGAGGCUACGAAAACCCUGCCUCUCCGCAGACACAGCAGCAACAGUAUUUCUAUAGCAAUUCUCCACAGCACAGCGUGUCCUCAAGCGGCGCGGCCCCCAAUGCGGGCCAGCACCAAUUUUCCCCGGCGGACCAAGAGAGUGCGGCAGGGAUCAGCCUUGAUUUCUUGGACUUCGACUCCACGGGGGCGGAAAACACAGUUUCCGUGGGCUCAGACGGUAAUCCCGAGUAUAACAUGUCAGCCGUACCGUCGCUGGGCCACGGGGCUGGCCACAGUGUUGGAAUCGACCUCGGAUUCGGCAUGGCGGUCGACUUCCAGCAUGACUGGAGCGAGAACGCGAAUUACGAUAUGCUCGAAGGUUACUUCUUCGGGGAUCGGUGGGAAAUCCACCGGGCGAUGGUUCGAUCUGAGGUUCUCAACCCCGUCCCCUUUUUCUUCGUGUUUUUCUUUGAUGGCAUCUUGCUUGCGGGUCUUGCGUCUACCUGGGAUUGAGAAUAAAAGGUGACAUGAAUUUAUGACUCCUCGCUUGUACAUCGUCCAAAACAUCGAUUGCAUCGAAUGGGGGCCAUUUGGUUUUUGUAUGUUGUCAUAAGCAGUUCUUACAAUUAUAUCUUACAUAUUGGUAUAGUAGCACAUAUAUUACGAUCCAUCCGAUGAUUGUGAUAUCCUGCCGAUUUCAAUGUACUAUCAUUU